AUGGCGACUCCGCCGCCAGAAACGACGUCCCUUGAGGACAGAGUUAAACCUCUCUCGCUUGGUGAGGCUACAGCAGUCCCAGCCGCUCCUGGGAGCAAUGAGCUGCCCACAGUGUCUCUAGACACAAUUACGCAGCAAAAGGUUGAUCACCUUGUUACCGGUGCCAACGGCAGGUUAUCUCCAGCAUUAGAAGAUACUGGCUCUCUACCAAAUGGUAGAAAAGAGUCUUUAGUUGCCUCGCCUGAACACCCCAAAGAACUAGGUGGCGAUCAUAUAAACGGACACACCUCCCUAAAUUCUGAAGCAGUGCAUUCCCCGGAAGACCAUCUGGCAGUCGCAGAAGAGAAGAAGAUGACGGCAGAAGAUGAAAAUGCCGUUACAGCGGAUGCGCAACUGCCGCCUAUGUCGUCAAACGAACCCAGUGAGCAAGUAAUCACCCCAGCAGCGACGCAAGAAGAUCCAGCAGCAUUGGUACUUGACGCAGAGAAACAAAUACUUCCACAACCAAUCUCGCCCCCCACAACCGCGCCAAUGGCUGAAUCAAGCGAACCUCAGCCUUCCGUCUCCGUGCCGCCCACAAACCAGGACCAAUCGAUGCCGGAUGCACCACCUUUAUCACCAGUCAAAGUGUCCCGCGAAAGAGAAGAGGAUGAAGAUGAUGAGCCUGCUGCAAAACGUACGAAAACAGACGAAGCAGAAUUCAAGAUUCCAGAAGUACCAUCUGCAACAACCUCUGUGCCCGAAAAGGGCCAAGAAGAGACAACGGCGCUUAGCAACAGUACUCCUUCGACUUCUAUGGCCAUUACACCUUUACAAACCAAAUUUUUGACUCGUACACUUGCUGCUUUAAAAAGAACCCAUGAUGCGCGGUUUUUCAGACUCCCUGUCGAUCCUGUCAAGCUCAACAUUCCUAGCUACCCACUUAUCGUAAAGAACCCCAUGGACAUGCAUUCCAUGGAGGACAAGUUAAAGAGUAGUACUUACAAAACUAUUGAUGAAAUUUCUGCGGAUUUCAAGUUAAUGAUUGACAACUCCCUAGCUUUCAAUGGUUCAGAACAUGUUGUCACCGUCGAAGGAUUGAAACUGCAAGAGAAUUGGCUGCGGCAUCUCAUCAAGCUUCCAGGUCCUAACGAGGUGGAGCCCACUGCCGCCGAGAAGAAAGCUAAGAAGGCAAGCACUGCUCCAAGCAAAACUCAACCAGCCCGGCGAGAAAGUCAGGUAAAAGCGACUGCUUCGAAGGCCAGUAAAGCCGGGUCUCCUACCACCUUUGCUCUUGGCCCAGAAGGGCUCCCUUUGAUUCGACGAGAUUCUAAUGCGGUGGAUGGCCGUCCCAAGCGGUCUAUUCACCCCCCCAAAAAUCGAGAUCUCCCCUAUAGCGCUAAACCGAAAAAGAAAAAGUUCCAUUGGGAGCUCAAAUUCUGUGAGGAAGUGGUGGAUGAAUUGCAUAAGCCUAAACACUAUAAUUUUGCUGCUCCGUUUUACCAACCUGUUGACCCUGUGGCAUUGAAUAUACCCACUUAUCACAAUAUUAUUAAGAAACCGAUGGACCUUUCGACAAUUCGCACAAAGCUCCAGACCGGGCAAUAUGAAAACGCCAAGGAAAUGGAAAACGAUUUCCGGCUUAUGCUAAAAAAUUGCUACAAAUUUAAUAUUCCCGGAGACCCCACGUAUAAUGCCGGUAAAAAAUUGGAAGAGAUUUUUGAUGUUAAGUGGAGCCAGAAGGGCCGUUGGCUUGAUGCCCAUGACCCAUCCCAUCAGAGUGACAGUUCGGAGAAUGAAGCCAGUGACAAUGAAGAAAGCAACGAUGACGAAGAACACGAGAAGCUGCAGGCUUUACAGAAGCAAAUUGCCGAAAUGUCCAAGCAGGUGGAAGCGAUUCGUCAGAAAAAGAAGAAGACUCCUCCUGUCAAGAAAGCCGGCAAGCCAAAAUCUGGUAAAAAGGAUAAUAAGAAGGUACCGCCGUUGAAAAAGGAUAAGAGAACCAAAGCAUCCAGACCCGAAAAGCAGCGCUGGAUCACCUUCCGGGAGAAGCAGGUCAUAUCAAAUGGCAUUAGCACUUUGCCUGAAAAUAAAGUUCACGACGCACUCAACAUUAUCCAAAGUGAAGUGCCUUCGCUUGCUGGUAUUGAUCAAGCUGAGGUCGAGCUUGAUAUCGAUGAGCUUCCAAAUCAUGUUCUACUACUUCUUCUGGACUUUGUGAGGGAACACUGCCCGGGGUCAUUCGAAUUUGAUGAGCCAGCGCCUGAGCCCCUGCCAGCACCAAUUCCAUCCAAGCCCAAGAAGAACAAACCAAUGAACGCACAUGAACAAGAAGCACAAAUUGGCCGCCUCGCCGGGACGCUUUCGAAGUUCCAGGGUGGCGGUCAUUCGUCAGAUCCAGCUCAUUCCGAAGAGGCUAGACCUGAAAGUAGUGACGAUGAUGACUCUGAAGAAAGCGAAGAGGAGUAA